CUUUGAAGUCAGCGGAGUAGCCAAGAUCUAUUUUUGUUGCUCAUUCGAAUCAGGACUCUUUCAUUCACACAGCUACAAUCCCUUCUCUCUUGUGAAUUGGGGAUCGGUUUCGUGAAAUAAGGCUCUGUUCUAAAAUAUAUCCAAUGGAGGGUGCAGCAGCGCUAGCAGUCGGAGGAUGGCUAGCCAAGCCUGUCAUCAGGAUGCUUGUCGACAGGGUGUCCACAUCGUCGCUGAGAGGAAAGCUGCACGGCCUUCAGGACGAUGACUUGCAGAAGCUACAAAGAUCUCUGCUUAACAUCCACACGAUCGUCGACAAGGCAGGGAUGAGAUGGAACAGGGACGCAAGGUUAGUCGAGAUGAUGAAGCAACUCCAAGAUGCCGCUUACGACGCCGAAGACUUCCUCGAUGACCUGACGUUCCAUGGCAUGAAGCAAAAGAUUGAAGAAGAGGCAAGUCACAUGGCGGGUAACCGCAUUUCUAGAGCUAUUAGGAACGCCAAAGCUAAAUUGUUCAGUGAUUCUGUCAAAAGACUGAACAAGAUCCAGAAAAAGUUGGAUUGUAUUUAUGCUGACAUGAAGGAAAUGUGCCAAUUAUUACAAGCGGAUGCAUCUGAUGGGCAGUAUCAAUCUGAUUUGGCGUCGGCCACACGAGAAACAAGCUCUUUCUUGAUCAGCAAAGUGCUGGGCAGAGAGGAAGAGCAAAAGAGAAUAAUAGAGCUAUUACUAAGAUCAACAGACGAGUCAGCAUCAGCAAGUGACAAGGGCAGUAGCUUCUCGGUCAUACCUCUUGUCGGAAUAGGAGGUGUUGGGAAGACUACUCUAGCUCAGCUUGUUUACAAGGAUAAAGAGAUUCAGAACCAUUUCGGCCUCAAGAUUUGGAUUUGUGUGUCCGAGAAUUUUAAUGUGCAAAGACUCACCAAGGAGAUCAUCGAGUCUGUAACCAAGACUGAACAUUCUUCGCAAAUGAAGUUAGAUGUUCUCCAAAACAUUUUGAAAGAGAAUGUUGCGUCUAAGAUGAUUAUGUUAGUCCUCGACGAUGUAUGGAAUGAAGACGAGGAGGAGUGGAGAAAGUUGUGUGCACCAUUCGAGGAUGCUGCUGCAGGAAGCAAGGUCAUAGUGACAACUCGGAGCAAGAGCAUUGCUGACAAAAUUGGUACAGUGGAGGCGAUUGUUCUUGGCGAUUUAGAUAAAAUAUCAUUUUGGGAGCUGUUCAAGAAAUGUGCAUUUGGUCCUUCCAAACCUGAGGAGUACCCAGAACUUGAGGAAAUCGGGAGAAUUAUAGCUUCAAAGUUGAAGGGCUUGCCACUAGCAGCAAAAACAGUGGGAAACUUGUUAGGAUCCAACAUGAACCCACACUACUGGAGAAGUAUAAUGAAGAGCGAGGUAUGGGAAUUGCAACAGAAUAAAAAUGAUAUUAUUCCAGUCCUACAACUGAGCUAUCAAUAUCUUAGUGCACCUCUCAAGCGGUGUUUUGCCUUCUGUUCCCUCUUUCAAAAGGAUUACAAGUUUUCAGAAAUUGAAUUAACAAGAAUGUGGAUGGCCGAAGGGUUCGUUGUAGCUCAAGGAAAUCAGAGGAUGGAAGAUGUAGCAAGUAAGUAUUUUCAUGAGUUGGUCAACAUGUCUUUGUUUCAACAAGAAACGUCAUGGUUGGGGCAUUAUUAUGUGAUGCAUGAUCUCAUACAUGAUCUAACACAGUCGGUUUCUGUGGACGAAAUAAGUAGGACGAAUGAUGGCAAGUCGAAUAAGAUAUCAACCACCCUCCGUCAUCUAGCACUUGAAACAGGGUUCGUACAGACAAAAUAUUUGAGGUCUAGAUUCAAGAAAUUACAUUCUCUAUUCUUUAGAUGCCUACAUUUAAAGUCACCACCCAUUGGCUUUAUCAAAAAUUAAGAAGCAUUCGUGUAUUGGUUUUGUCUCGUUGUCGCUUGCGGAUGCUGCCUAUUAGUGUUGGUGAAUUGGUGCAUCUCCGGUACCUGGACAUUUCUUACAAUUUCAUACGAAAAUUGCCUGAAUCACUGUGUAAACUCUACAAUUUGCAAACACUGAAAGCACAUAGCAAGUCA